GUCUUUCGGCUUAGGAGUAACCUUUUCCGGAUUCUUCUCCACGCAUGAUCAUCAUCUUUCAACAUUCUUAUCUGGCUUUCUUCACAAUUCAGAUUUCUUUAUCUCUGAAACCGCUUUGGAAUCAUGCGUUUUGUCGUGGAAUCGCUGUGUUUGCUUAGUUUCAGAGAGCGGAAUUGAAAGUUCUUGAAUGUUAAAAAGAAAACUCUGGAAUGAAUUGGAUUGUUUGUUUUCUCUGUGAUAUGUCGUGACUUGGACGCGUUGCAAGGACUAGGUUACCGGCGGAGAAUACGAGAAAUUGACUUUUAAAAAAAUCGAAAUGGGUCAGUUUUCAUUUGUUGAACUACAAUUUUGGUUGAGAAAUCCUAUAAUUUUGUAUGGUAAGAAUAGAUGGAUCACUGGGUAUUGAAGAUCGGCUGAAAUGGACUUGUCGAAUUGCAAGCACAUGAGAUUCUUCGGUCCCCAUUUGAAUUCUGUAGCAUGUAAAUGUCUUGCUUUAGUUGUCAUAGCUCUGGUUCUGAGAGCUGUUUUACUCCCUGCAUUUUCUGGCUUUAGUGGGAUUGAACAAAACAACUCGUUGGUGAUCAACAAUCGUUCCUUGUCAUUAACUUCAGAAUCUGGAAUUAGGAAAUAUAAGUUCUUGGAGGUGCCUCAGAUUGUCUGGGGUUUAAACAAUCAGAAGAUUGCUUUUGUGAGAGCUUGCCUUACUGCCAGAAUGCUGAAUCGAACUCUUUUAAUGCCUAGCCUAAGUGCUUCACUCUUUUAUAAAGAGAUUGAUCUCUUGGAACCCAUUUCCUUUGAUAAGGUCUUCCAAUUUGAGAGGUUCAACUCGCUUUGCAAUGGCUUUGUUCAAUUGGGUCGAUAUUCUGAUAUUUCGAAUCGAAGUGAUGUUUUUGAGAUGCAAAAGGGAAGUGGAAGGAGGUGGACAGUUGACAGAGAUUUGGAUCAAUUGAGAGAGUUCAGCAAGGAUCCAUAUGAUGGGCAUGAGAUAAUGCGAAUUGUAGGGAAGAACCCGUUUCUGUGGCACGAUCACUGGCCAGUUAAAGACUAUGCCAAGGUUUUUGAGUGCUUAGUUUUAGUGGAUGAAUUUUUGAUAGAAGCAGAUAAAGUUGUCUCCAAGAUUAGAAAGAUAGGAAGAGAGGCAAGAACCCAAGUAGGAUUUUUUGAAAAUCACAUUGAUUCAGAAAGCUCCAUAUUACAGCAAGUACCCUAUGUAGCUGUCCACAUGAGAAUAGAAAAAGACUGGAUGAUUCAUUGUAAGAAAAUGGAGCAAAGAUCAAACACAAGUGAAAUUUGUAGUAGCAAGGAGGAGAUCAUGGAAAGAGUGAGCAACAUUAAGGGCCUGGAAACCCCAAUCGUUGCUUACCUUGCUGUGGCAGAUACUCUUCUUGAAGAUAAGUCUAUCUUGAAUGGUUGGAAGGCAGGGUUGCUUCCUUAUGAGAAGAAGAAAUUGGGUGUCCUGGAGAUUUACAAGAAGUACCCAUAUCUCAUUCAGUCAGCCAUUGACUAUGAAGUUUGCUUAAGAUCCAAUGUGUUUGUGGGGAACAGCUAUUCUACAUUUUCGAGCCUCGUAGUGCUUGAGAGAACACAGAAGAUGAUCAGAACAGGUGUUUCAAGUUCAUGUGGCAUGGAUGUAAGGUCGCCAUCCUAUGCCUAUAAUAUAUUGGGAGAAUCUAAAGGCCCUCACCAAUGGAUGACAAAUAUGAAUGAUUCAAGCCUAAGAGCAAUUAGCUAUGGUUCUAAUCACAUAUCUUGCUGA